UACACAAAGACACUAAAAUUCAGCCAAGCGCCGCACAGCACCACAAACAGGCAAGCAGACAACACCGCUCUUCCUCCCUUCACUCCCCGACAGCUCGCUCGCCAUGUUCCGCUGCGGGAUCGCCUACCCACGCUGCAGGUGGAUCGUGCCCCUGCUGCUGCUCUUCGCCAUCAUCUUCGACAUCAUCGCGAUCGCCGCCACGUCGGGCUGGGUGACGGACGAGGAGGGCAAGACGCACUACGCCAGCAUGUGGGAGCAGUACCACGGACGCAACGACCAGUGGGAGGGCAAGUCCCUCAUGGAGUUCCCAUGGGCGCAGGCGGUGGCCGCCCUGAUGAUCCUCGGCCUCCUCAUCCUCAUCGGCGCCUUCAUCCUCUCCUGCGUGGCUCUGUGCUGCUCGCUCAACGUCACGCUGCUGCCCUUCAUCGGAAUGAUGCUUAUUGUUGUCGUGGUGCUGCAGGUGAUCGCCCUUAUCAUCUACCCGGUCAAGUUCAACGAGCAGAUCUUCGAGGGCCACUACUACUACACGUGGGCCUACGGCUUCGCCUGGGGCGCCACCCUGCUGUGCAUCGGCUGCGCUGUGCUCUUCUGCUGCCUGCCGCGCUAUGAGGACGAGCUUACCGGCCUGGCCAAGACUCAGUACCUCUACACGUCUGCCUAAAGCCCCUCCUACCCCGACCACCACCAGCAGCAUGUCCUCCUCCAUUUUGGAACACUUGUACACUUCCACCCCAAUUCAAGAUGGAGGUCGCAUCAGAAUCGCCAAUAAAAGAUGGAGGUUGCAUCAGCAUCGUCCGUAGUAACCAGUUUAUCCCUCACAGCUUCUACAUACAAAACAUCACCAAAGUGCCUACGCGUCAUGGCGAAUGAUCAUAGCGAUUGUUCCGGAGUGUUUGAUCUGGAACAAUUGAUAUGGAGCAAUUUUUCCUGAUUGAUCCAGCGCUUUUUUCUGAAGACCUUGAUCUGGAGUAUUAUAUCCAAGGGGAUUUAAUCCAGAGCAAUUGAUCCGGAGCAAUUGAGCUAGCCCACCAUGAAAUUCUAACCAUAAACGGAAUAAAACUGAUCCGUUGAGAUUGAUUCGCAGCAAAUGUUCCAGACCAAAUGAUCCGGCGCGAUUGUUUUUGGAGCGAUUGAUCCGGCGCGAGUAAUCUGCAGCAAAUGAUUUGGAGUUUGUUCGUUUUGUAUGGCCCCUAAUACGUUCCCCACUGGGAAUUUCACACAUUGUAAUUGUCACUUGCUCGCUUCUUGUGUCACAGUGCAUACAAAAUGUGGUUAAAUGUCAUCUUUGCACUUCUUUUCUUGGUAUUUUCAGUGUUCAUUUGUACUUCUUUUGCCUACGCAUUCUUUAUUUGUAUUCAUUAUUUAUCCCAAAGAGGCACCGGGAGGAUUAACUUCACUUUGCAUUUUACGCUGUGUGAUGUAAUUGCGGUAAAAUAUUCAAUAUUUGGUAAUAUUUCAUCUUUUAGGGAAAUUAGGAUUUUUAAAAGAUGUCAUAAUCUGUGUGCUGCCUUGAUUGUGAUAUUAACAUUUUUUGUUGGUUUAGAGGGUGUGUACCCCAAAUGUGUUUUUUUUGUUUUUUUUUUAAUUAAUUAUUUGUAUGUUUGGGUUUUAACGAGUCAAAGAGGGACCUAACAUUAUUCUGUAUGGAAAACACCAAAAUCCUUCAUCUGAUGUGCCUUAGCUGCUCCAAUGUCAGAUUUUUGCUUCAAAACACUGUACUAGACCUCCUUGUUUGAUGUAUUAUGAGAGUAAAAAAAAAACAGAGCCUAUUCUAGCCGGCAACUCGUAGAAAUAACUACUGUGUGAAUCAUAACUGACAGGCUAAAUAAAAAAAGACUACAGUAUAUGAUAAAUAUUUGAAUACAGGGAUUGAUUAUAGCAGGCUGCAUGUGUGUUGAUGGGCAGGUGAAAAAGGACUACUGUACUACGACUGUAUUAACGCUCUGUCAAGCCUUCCUGUGGGUGUGUUUUCAAUAACCAUUUGCUUAUUAUUUUUCCUGCUUUAGUGUGAACUGAAUCUCUUUUUUGUAGUUGGUAUUUUUAUCCAAUAAACAGUUUUGUUUUGACAAAA